AUGGCUUCAUCCUACGACGUGUUCUUGAGCUUCAGAGGUGUAGACACACGAAACAACUUCACGAGCCACCUCUACAGCAAAUUAGUUUCAUCUAGAAUCUUUGCCUUCUUCGACGACAACCAACUAAGGAGAGGGGAAGAUAUAUCACAGUCAUUCAUUAGGGCAAUCGAACGGUCUAGGAUCUCUGUCAUAGUCUUUUCAGCGAAUUAUGCGAGUUCAAGAUGGUGUCUUGAAGAGCUGGUGAAGAUCAUGGAGUGUAGAAAAACAUUGGGGCAAACUGUUUUUCCAAUAUUCUAUCGUGUUGAGCCUUCAGAUGUCAGGCAUCAGACGGGUAGUUUUGCGAAGGCAUUUGUACAACAUAAAGCUGCAAAUAGAUAUGCAGAGAAUGUACCCAGGUGGAGAGCUGCUCUUCAUGAAGCUGCAAAUUUGUCUGGCUUGCAUCUUAGUAGUACUGCUGAUAGGUAA